UUAAAACAUAACCUUUCUUUAUACCGCUAGUAGGUACAAUUAAUUUGUAAUAUAAAAGAAUUCAAAUAACAUUAACAGUGUACUUACAGCUUGUUGAGCAUUUUCAAAUAUGUAGAUUUUUAUAAACCUAUUGAAUUCAUUAUAGUUCAGCAUGACAGCAAUACUAGGUGCUGGUAUGUCAGGUUUAUCAGCUGCGUAUUAUGCACUUCAGAAUUCAAAACUAGUUCCAAUAGUAAUACUGGAAGGUUCGAAUAGAGUGGGUGGUUGGGUACGUUCUUUAAAACAGCCCAAUGGAACAAUUUUUGAACAAGGUCCACGAACUAUUAGACCCACGGGUGCAAGUGGAAAAAAUACAUUAGAGUUAAUAGAACAAUUAGAAUUAUCAGAUAAAGUUAUUCCAAUUCCAAAUAGUCAUCCUGCGGCUAAAAACCGCUUGAUUUAUUCAGAUAAUCAGUUACAUUUGUUACCUAAUAGUUUCAAGGGUGUUAUUAAAAAGAAUACAUUAUUAAAUCGUUCUAUGCUCAGCGUUGUUUGGAACGAUUUAAGAGCUCCAAAAGUAUCUGUGGAUGAUGAAAGUAUAUAUAGUUUUAUAGAAAGGAGAUUAGGCAAAGAUGUAGCUGAUAAAAUGAUCUCUCCAAUGGUUUGUGGAAUCUGGGCAGGAGAUGCACACAAAAUAAGUGUUAACUCUAUUAUGAAAAAUUUAUUUGAAUUGGAACAAAAACAUGGAUCUAUAGUCAAAGGUUUGGUGCUAGAAUUUAUAAGAAGAAAUAAAAAAACUAAAUCAUCUACAAAUGAUAAUCAGUCAAAUGUGGAAUCACAUAAUACACUAACAAAUUUAGCAGAAAGAGCUAAAAAAGAAAUGUGGUCUGUAUGGGGCAUUAAAGGAGGUCUUGAACAAUUACCACUUGCAUUAGUUAGUAAUAUAACUAAACGUGGAGUAAAUAUUAAAACAGAACAUAAAUGUGAACAAAUUAAGUUUGAUAAAGGUCGUGCAAAAUUAACUGUAAAUGGAGAAGUUCAAGAAUAUUCUCAUAUUAUUUCAAGCUUGCCUGCAAAAACUUUAGCAAGCCUUGUGCAAGACCAACAUCCAGAAUUAUCUAACGAAUUAAGAGGUAUACCUACUGUGACAGUAGGUGUAGUUAAUCUCGAAUAUCCUGAAGAUGUCUUACCUAUAAAUGCAUUUGGACUUCUUAUUCCACCAAAAGAAGAACUUCCAAUUCUAGGAGUGAUAUUUGAUUCAUGUGUUUUUCCUGGAGACUCCAAAACAACGGUACUAACAGUGAUGAUGGGUGGGGCAUGGUUUGAGAAAUACUUUGGUAACUGCUCAUCAGAAGAGCAUUUGUUGAAUGUAGCAGUCGAUCAAGUGACAGAAAUCUUACAAAUCGGGGAAGAUCCCACGUCAUACAAUGUUUCCAUUUUGAAGGACUGUAUUCCGCAGCACAUAGUAGGUCACAUGCAACGCUUAACCCGCAUCCAUAAUUAUAUCUCCAUGCACAAACUUCCUCUAGGAUUGUGUGGCUCUUCAUACCAAGGAGUAGGACUGAAUGAUGUUAUUCUGUCAGCAAAACAAGCUGUUUCUGAUAUCAAUUCGCAAAGACUAAUUUAGUAAAAUUCAAAUGCAGAUUAGCCAGGCAAACGUUGCAAUGCUGUCCUCUAUAAUUCAAAAAAGUGAAAACAAUAAACACACGCGCGCGCACACACGCAAAAGAAUAAUGUAAUUAAAGCAAUGAAACCGACAUAAUUCUUAAAAUAUAAUUUGAAUUUAAAACAUGCAUUAUUUACUUUAUGUAAUAAUAAUCGUAGAAGGAAAUGUAUAUAAUUCUGAAUCACUUUCCAAAUCAAAUAGUUCCUAACCUACAAUACUUCUCUUCCAAAUUACACACAAAAAAGUAUUUUAAGUGGUAAUAUUAGGCAAAUAGGCCUGUACAUAAUCUUUUAUUUACAUUAUAGAACAAUACAAUAAGCUACUUUAA